AUGGACUUUGACAAGCGCGGCGUGGGCGGGGGAGGCGGGGGCGGUGGGGGAGGCGGCGGUGGGGGAGGAGGGGGCAAGGCGGCCGAGGGGGAGGACGGGGGCAAGAGGAUGUCGGGGAAAGCGGCGAGUCGGUCCGGACACAGCGGGCGCGGCACCGGCUCCAACUCGGGCGUCCUCAUGGUGGGGCCCAACUUCAGGGUCGGGAAGAAGAUCGGCUGCGGGAACUUUGGAGAGCUGCGUCUGGGCAAGAACCUCUACACCAACGAAUACGUGGCCAUCAAACUGGAACCAAUCAAGUCUCGAGCGCCGCAGCUUCAUCUAGAAUAUCGCUUCUACAAACAGCUCGGGAGUUCAGAGGGGGUCCCGCAGGUGUUCUACUUUGGCCCCUGUGGGAAGUACAACGCCAUGGUGCUGGAGCUGCUGGGGCCCAGUUUAGAAGACCUGUUUGACCUCUGCGACCGGACCUUCUCCCUCAAGACAGUCCUCAUGAUAGCCAUACAACUGAUAACGCGCAUGGAGUUUGUACACACCAGAAGCCUCAUCUAUCGAGACGUGAAGCCGGAGAACUUCCUGGUGGGACGUCCCGGCUCCAAACGGCAGCACACCAUCCACAUCAUCGACUUCGGGCUCGCCAAGGAGUACAUCGACCCCGAGACCAAGAAGCACAUCCCCUACAGAGAGCACAAGAGCCUGACGGGGACCGCACGCUACAUGAGCAUCAACACACACCUGGGGAAGGAGCAAAGCCGGAGAGACGACCUGGAGGCUCUCGGACACAUGUUCAUGUACUUCCUCAGGGGGAGUCUGCCCUGGCAGGGCCUCAAGGCCGACACGCUGAAGGAGAGAUACCAGAAGAUCGGGGACACCAAGAGGGACACGCCCAUAGAAGUCCUCUGCGACAGCUUUCCAGAAAUGGCCACGUACCUGCGAUACGUGCGGCGCCUGGACUUCUUUGAGAAACCAGAUUACGAUUAUCUGAGGAAGCUGUUCACGGACCUCUUCGACCGCAACGGCUUCACCUUCGACUAUCAGUACGACUGGACCGGGAAGCCCCUGCCCACUCCCAUCGGCCCCGUGUCCACAGAGACCCCCCUGCAGACCAGCAACAGAGAGAAGGCCCCGCAGACCAAAAACCAGGUGAUGAAUUCGACCAAUGGGGAGCUGAACACAGACGACCCCACAGCAGGGCACUCGAACGCCCCCAUCACCGCCAACGCCGAGGUGGAGGUGGCCGACGACACCAAGUGCUGCUGCUUCUUCAAGAGGAGGAAGAGGAAAGCUCUCCAGAGACACAAAUGA